UCAUCUCAAUCAGGCCGAAACUUCUUGCACCACACGGCUUUGGAUCUUCCGGUGUGAUUCAUCUCCAGACUACAUAGUCGCAGCGACACCCCCCGUUCACCCUUUCCUCACAACCCCCUCUACCACCACGCUUGAUGUACUUCCGCACCACCGCUUUGUUGAGCAGAAGCUGCCGAUACCUUCUCCGCACUCCCGUCCACCAGAAGAUCUCGCCCUUUUCCAUCUCUGCGCGCUCCUCCGCCGCCGUAAACGCAGCCAUGGCGGAUGCUACCUCCGGCGUCACUGCCGAUUCGCUGAAGGGCAAAUUGAUCGAGCAGUUGCAGGCACAGCAUGUUGAGAUCGAGGACCUGUCGGGUGGCUGUGGCCAAGCCUUCCAGGCGAUUAUCGUGUCCCCCCAAUUCGAGAAGAAGACCAUGCUUGCCCGCCAUCGCUUGGUGAACGCCGCUCUGAAGGCCGAGAUCGCUGCGAUCCACGCCUGGACGCCGAAAUGCUACACCCCGGAGCAGUGGCAGGCUCUGCAGCAGGGCGCCUAGAUUCGAUUCGGAGGGCUUGGGAGGAAAUCUAAUGUUUGCUUUUUAUAAUAAUGCGGCUCUAAAAUUCCGAGUUGGUAUAUUCUAGGAAUAUGCGUGCUGUUCGGUAGCAUGCCCCGGCGUUUGGAAGGUUACUCAAUUGUAUAUUGCCUUGCGCAUUCGACCAUGGCAUUUCGGGAUGCCGAACGAUGGUUGGUGGAAAUAGAAAU